CUCGAAUCCGCGAGUCCAGUUGCCAAGUCGGAUGCGACGAGAGAGCUAGCAUGGGAGACUUGUGAAGCCUGAAGUGGCAGCGGCCAGCGACGCAGCGGUAGUGCCAGCCAGUGAGUGUCUGUCGCGGCGACGACACAGGGACAUGGACGGAGCGCAACUGUGACCUACGUGAAGCGAGGUGUUGAGUGGAUGACACUCCACGGCGAGCUGGCAGGCGGAGGAGGAGGACAGCUGCAUUUCUGCAGCUGAGUAGAGAACGAGACAACCAGAACAGCAGACAGACAGACACAAGACACUUUCCUGUGACAGCCAGAGCCACACCCGAGACAGUGGACCGAUGGUGAAGAUGCCCCAGCGACAGCGGCACAACACAGGCGGGGGCGCCGGCGGGGCCGAGCUGCCCUUGCUGGACCCGGGCGUGAUCGAGGCGCACAACGCGGUCACGACGGCCCGCUGCUGCGUGCCCCUGGCGUGCGGCUGCCUCCGCGGCUACGAGCCCAUCAGCCUCGAGAACCCGACGGGCUGCGUCCGCGUGCAGUGCAACAACGAACAUUGUACAAUAGGAACUCUGAUGCACGGAGAGUGCUUCACCGCCUGGGAGGCCCACGUGCUGGCCUUCCUGCGGUCGUGCGGGCGUGCGCGCUCGUGGUCGGAGAAGCAGCGCCUGCAGAACCUGUGGACGAAGCGCGGCUACGACCUGGCGUACAGGGCGUGCUCGUGCCUGUGCAACCGCGGCCACCUGCGCAAGGACCUGGACUGGACGCCGCCCACCGAUUCCGACGACGAGACCAAGACCAAGAAGAAGAAGAAGAACCGCCAGAACCAGAAGCCGACCCUGGUCACGGUGGGUUCCGGAACCCUCAACAACAACAACAACAGCAACAGUAACAACAAUAACAAUAACAGCAGCACCAACGGCAGCAGUAGCAACAGCAGUAGCUCGGCGCCCGGCGGGGGCAGUGCCGGCCAGCCGUGCCAACGCCACCGUGCCAACUCCAUCUCGUCGACGGGGUCCUCGCCCCCCUCCGACGCCCCCAACAGCCCCCACCACGCGGCUUCCGGAAAGCGCAGAUCCAGAGAUUUCUUCUCCGACAGAAGCAGACACGGAUCCGGUGGCGGGCUGUUCGCCAGGAGACUAGACUUCAGCAGCUUCAACGCUCUGCCCAGACACAAGAUCAAUUCCUACCACAUCAAGAUGGAGGAUGACGGCCUGCACGGCAACGAUGACACUCGGUGCUUCAUCCUGUCCACGUUAGCAGGUCAAAGGUCAUCCAGAACGGCCUGCGUGUUGUGUCAUCAGUCGUUGCUGGUGUUCGACCGCUACCCGCUGUUGGAUGGCACCUUCUUCCUCACGCCCAUCCAGCAUGCCAAAUCGGCCAUACCCGUCCAGGUGGAAGGGCGACAGCAGUACCUGGCGGCGGUGUGCAUGGGCUGCCUCGAGGGCUGGUCCGUGUCCCUGCGCUGCGCCUACUGCAACGCCAGAUGGAACGGCUCGGCGCUCAUUCUCGGAACCAUGUACUCCUUCGACAUCUUCGCCGCCAUGCCCUGCUGUGAGAAUAGGUUAAAGUGCAGUCGUUGCGAAGCCAUUGUGAUUCCUCCCGACCAGAGACUGAGUUUCUUCAGUGACUACAGCCGGACUCACGCCUGCCCCUCCUGCGGCCACGUCGACCACCACUUCGUGAAGCCCCUGACGUCCUUCGUGAGGGACGACAGGCAGGCGUGGUAGUGGCUGGCGUCCUCGGUCCCCCCCCCACACCCUCACCCCCGCCCAGCGCUUCAGGCCCGGACCAGCCUUGGCCGGGGUCUACGUGCCCAUUACACUCAUAUAACACAUACAUCCCUUUGUUUGGCGUUGUCACCUUCAGAAAAGAGUGUGUAUAGUGAACUUACUUUGUCUUUUGGAAAUGAAGCAAGGACAGGACCGAACAAAUAGCCAAAGUGAAAAUGGACCGAGAAGGAAAAGGAAGUGAAAGAUAAACAGAGAAUGCGAGCGAGAGAGAGAGAAAGAAAAACAAGGAAGCAUGGUAUUUUUUGAAAAAGUAAUCAUAAAUAUAACGAGAAAGGAAAACGUUAAGACAUGGGCUGACUGGAAAGGGUGUGAGUGUAGUCAGUCAUUUUUCUCCCCCCCCCAGCCAAAACCAACCCACCACACACAUACAUUGGUUCUUUGCUAGGUUGUUCAGAAAAAUGAAAUUCGUGUGUGUGUGUACUUCUGCAAGAGAUGGAAGAAGGAAGAUUUCAUUGCCUUUGUCGCGAGUUCGAAGAUUUAUGCAGAGAAGAGGAGAGGAAGAUCAAGAAGCUGGCUUUGAUAGGGUUUUAGUCUCUUAAAACAUUCCAGAUGAUGGAAGUGUGAAGACCCUUUCUGUCUGUUACACAAAAGGAGGCAGAGGAUGGCAUUGAUGUGGUCGGUGAGGAAGAAGGAAGAUGGAGGGCGGAAGGAGGCGAAAGAGGAGAAGGAGGAGAAGAAAAGAGAGGAGAAGUGAGUGAGAGAGAGAGAGAGAAAGUCUAGAAGGAAAAGAUUUUUUAGAAGUGCGUGUGGGAGGUGUGGAGUCUCCCUCAGGAGGCUCAUUUUACGCUGAAAAAUAUCCAGAGGACCGUGUUAUGGAAGUCUUUUUUUGCGGAAAAUAAAUGACUUGAGAAGGACAGUGAGGUGUUGGCGAACGCAGCGGCACUUCUUCAGGUGUUGCUUGAAUGGACGACUUGAUGCUGCCGAAGAAGGGAGAAGGAGAGAGAGGGAGAGGAAAAGGAAAAAAAGGUGUAGAUAAAAAACAUUUUAUCUCCUGAUGUGUCUUGUGUUUGGAACUAAUGAUGCUUUUGAAGUGUUGUUUGUUUUUAUACAGAAAAAAGGAAGAAAUCUUACGAAAACUGAAAAAGUCUGCUGCACAACACCAUGGUUUGAUACCAUACCUGCCAAGGAGAGUGUCCUAGAAUCAAAUUCUGGGCAUGUUUCUAGUGUGAAUGGCUCGGAAAGAGAUAGAUGUAAAAAAAUGUACUUAUGUGGACAAUUGGUGUGUUUUUAUACGAGUACAUAUUUUUUUUUUUAAGAAGCCCAGAUUUUAAGGUGUCUGCCGGGGAAAAUUUAAAAAGUAGACAGACUCAAACAAAAACUUUAAAAAACUACAAAAAACUACAAAAAAAAUAUUACAGGAACCCAUAUGGAACCGGGGGAUACUUUGUCUUUGUAAUGUUUAAUUAGUCCACCGGAAAGACGUGGACGGAUGUAAAUAAUGAUAGAGAAUAGUCGUAUGCUAAUUGUGUGAUCUCCUAUGCUGUAUACAACUUUAUUCCAUAAGUCCGAUUUUAAUGUUUCAUCGUAGAGAUAGUCCAUAAAAAAUCCUUGCUGAUAUAGCGCCCGAGACAAACAAACAAACAAAAGAGAUGAACUUACAACCCCGUUUUAUGAAAUUUGCAACGUGGAAAGAAAAAAAAAAAACAAGAUAAAACAGACAAACAUGAUUUGGAAGAUGAUUUCAACAACAAUGACGAUGACAGUGUGGAUGAAAAAAGAUUGAAAAAGAAAAUGGAGGUGAGUUAAAAAGACGAUGGAGAGUAAAAAGAAGAAAUGUCGAAGGAAUAAGUGUUAACAGCGACGAAAGGAGGAAGAGGAGGUCGUGGUGAUGAUGCGAGGGCGUGGACGAGGAGGUGAUGAAGUGAAGAAGUGGAGGAGAUAUCGGGAAGGAGAGGAAGAGGAGGUCGUGGCGAUGAAAUAGGACGUGGAGGUAAAUAUGAAGACAUCGAAGAAAGGAAGAGAAGUGGGACAGAAAAAGGAAAAAGAAAAUUCAAACGUUUAGGAAAAAAUAAUUGGCGGUUAAUUCCAUCUUGUAAAAUUGGCCAAAAAACGACAAAAAACAACAACAUAGAAAGGAGAACAACAACGAUGAGAGGGGAGAUAGAAGAGCGGAUGGUGAAUGAAGAGAAAAAGAGAGAGAAGGAGAACGAAGAAGACAACAACAAGAAGUAAGAUAUUGCCCACAGACAGAACACGGAAGAGGAGGAAGAGAAGAAAAAAAAACAUGAAACGAAAUCAAGAAUAACAGCAAGAGAGAGAGAGAGAAACGGAAGAAAGAGAUAAAACAGAGAAACCGGAAACCAACCCCCCCCCCCCUCAAACCACAAAACCACUCGAACCCCACGUCCAGAACGGCAAAGGUGGGAAAGGGAGAAGAGAGAGAAAGUGGCGAAUAACGGAAGAGAUAGAGAGAGAGAAAAGCGAACAUCAAAAGAUGGAAGAGAAAGAGAAGAAAGAGAGAAAGGAAUAUCGGAAAGUAGUCGUGUUAACGAAGACGGGAAUCCAUCCGGUAAAGAAGAAAAGAAGAGAGAAAAAAGAAA